GGCGAAUAAUUACUCGAAAGAGUCGGCAACCCCGGCUUCCGGUCGUUUCCAGUCAGUUGAACGUGCCACUCCUACGUCGUGUGCUGCACAUAGACUGUAUAUAAACAGGUGCUGCACAGGGCAGGUGUGCUUCAGGCUACAGUUACAGGUGACGUGAUGCCUCAGAAUGGUAUGGCCUCUGAGAAUAGAAGACGUGGAACGCGUCACAACACCUGUAAAGCCAACGGUCAGGUCCCAGGCACAGGUUUAGUUAAUGGAGCCGUUGUUCACAAUGGCUGGGCAGGUGCUGACACUAGAACCAGUGGGAAUACAACAGCUGGCACAUUCAACGAUACCAAACCAAAAUUCGUAGUUAAUGGUUAUAUUAACCAUGGAUUCAAGAGCAAGAGUGUAAAAUCAGUGCCCCCAAGGACAGUUGGGAAACAUGGAAGCACGAUUUCAGCUGUCGCUGAUGCUUCAGCAGCUGGCAGGGACCGCAGCGUACGAACUCCAGCUGGUAGCUCGGUGAAUGGGGCCAUCAGUCUAGACACUGCUGCUUCGCUGUGCAAUUCAGACCAAAUGUCAUCACAACCCAGCCUGUCAACAAAAGAAAAUAACCAGAGAAGAAAGGCGAGAAGCAAACAGAAGAAAAGUUUUUAUAGAGGCUGGCCGGAGAACCAAGCACCUCCAGCGAUGCCUCCAGUAGAGGAGGAAAACUGGGAAAAUGAGAUCCUAGAUGUCAAAGUGACCGACUGGGAAAAGCUCAAUUUUGGUGUCACACCCUACGAUCCACAAGAUGUCAUCCAUUUUUCUUUGCGGGACUUGACACUAAAGCAGAGGGACACAGUUGACCUGCCAGUUACAGCCAAUUACAGCCCAGCUGUACACCACCGACGCCCUCUCCGGUGGUCCUGCUUCAACAGUCCCACUGAGCCAGACCAGUUCGCAGACGCUGACGAGUAAGCCAGACGUCUGCUGUUAAUCUUAUAGGACUGGUAGAAAUCAAUGUUCAUUUACUAAUGUACAAUUGUGGAUAGUAGUCAUGCUUAGAAUAUUUGUUUCAUCAGCAUUUGUCUUAUUUUCUAAUUUAAAACCUUACUGGAAGUAGUUAAAUGUUAAACUUACUCUAGGUUAGCUUCAAUGGAAAGCUUCAACAUCAAAUAGCUUAAUGCUCCCUUAGGUUAAAGAUGGUAGAUUUGCAAGCUGCUUGUUUUUUUAUUAUAGGUUUUAUUUUGUAUUUUAUAUUCAGAUUUUAUAUUGCCAGAUAUUAAUUUGUUAGUCUUUUGUGAUCUUAAGCAAUUGUUUUAGAUAAACUACCAAACCAAGCUGUUCUACUGCUUCAGUGAUCGUUACUGAAAAUGGUUCUUCUAUUUCAUAAUUUUACUAGUAUUCCAAUAACUGAAAAUAUAGUUUUUAUAAAUUUAUAAUAUUUUUUGUGUUUUAAUAUUCGAGAAACGGGAACACUGUUGUUGUAAUGAGUUGCUCUUUUGAGCUAUCAAAUGUGUUGUUUAGAAAUUGUAUGUUCACAGACUACCCAACCAAAAAAUUAUGAUUUGAUUAUGUAACAACAACAAAUUGUUAAGAACCACAAUAAAUCAAAUUUUCUUCUA